UGGAAGUGAAAACAUUUCCUUCGGAAGCAUGUAGAUGGUUUGGAAAUUUAUCUUCCCGAACAGGGCUCGCAUUAGCUAGUUCUUCUGGUCUCUGCUCUUGCAAUUCCUGUAAAGGUUUACGAUGGACGGUAAUGGCAUACCAUAUCAAAGGCUUUCCAUCUAUCAAACUAAGGCGCGACUAUAUAUCGUGGGCUACUGCAAGCUGCGGGCAACUGCAGCUCUUCUCAAGGUCAGCAAGCAGGAGCCCACGCAGCUAGAUGUGGCGGAGGUGGUGGGGCACUACAGCCUGGAGGAAAUCCGCGCCAUGCUGUCGCAAAUCCACAUGGCCAACGCUCACCUAGGCGGACUUCAGCUCGUCACGCAUUGUUGCGGCAUCAUCGGCUGCUUCCGCUUCACCGAGACCUACUACCUGCUGCUGGUGACGCGCAAGGCCCACGUGGGCAGCCUGUGCGGCGGCCACAGGGUGUACACGGUGGCGGCCACCGCGCUGGUGCCGCUGCACCCGGGCUACCAGCAGGCGGCGGGCGGGCAGCCCAGCGGCGCGGCGGAGAAGAGAUACGUGAAGCUGUUGAUGGGCAUGGACCUGACCAAGCACUUUUACUUCUCCUACACCUACAACCUGGCGCACACCGUGCAGCGGAACUGCAAGGCGGCGCAGCAGCAGCAGCAGGGAGGUCCCAGCUGCCCCACCUCGCCCCCCUCCUCCCCCACCCCCACCCCCUCCUCAUCUGACGUGUACGACAGCAUGUUCACGUGGAACGCCUUCCUGACUGCCGCGCUGCGCCGGGCGCUGGGCGGCAACACGCGCUGGACGGUGCCGCUGAUACACGGCUUCUGGGAGCAGAGGCGGCUGAGCAUCUACGGGCGGCCGCUGACGCUGACGCUGAUCGCGCGCCGCUCCCGCCACUUCGCGGGCACCCGCUUCCGCAAGCGCGGCAUCAACGAUGGCGGCAAGGUGGCCAACGAGGUGGAGACGGAGCAGGUGGUGGAUGCGGGCAUCGACUACCGCACGCGCACGCCGCUGCUGUCGUCCGUGGUGCAGGUCCGCGGCUCCGUGCCGCUGUUCUGGUCGCAGCAGCUCACCGCGCUCAGCCCCAAACCCGAGAUCAUCCUGCAGCAAUUCGACCCGCUGUACGAGGUCACCUCCGCCCACUUCGCCGACCUGGAGUCCCGCUACGGUGCCCCCGCGGUGGUGCUCAACCUGCUCAAGAGCAAGGAGCGGCGCGCGCGGGAGGUACUGCUGCGGCGCGAGCUGGCCUCCGCCAUCGCGCAGCUGAACGCGCAGCGGGGGCGGGCCAAGCAGCACAUCGUGUACAUCCCCUGGGACUUCUCCAAGCACGCCAAGCAGAGCGGCGCCAACCUGCUGAGCGAGCUGGCCGCCAUCACGCGUCUGGCGCUGGACAUGACGGGGCUCUUCGUGCACAACCCAGCGGCGCCGGCAGCCAAGCGACAACAGCAGCAGCAGCUGCACCGAGCACAUGCAGC